AUGUCGGAACUUCGUGGUUCGCCGCCUCUUUCUAGGGCUCUCGAGGGUGGAUUCGGGGCUCCGUUGGCCGCACUGAGCUCCCUGGCGGAGGCGCCUCCUCCGGCUCCCAAUCCUCACGGGAUAGAUCAUAUAUUAUCUCGGCCGUCGGUAGGGUCGAAUAUGGGGACUGGUUUGUUGACCCCGAGGUUGUCGCUGGCGGCGGCGGCGGCAGGGAUGGCGCACUACUUGCAACAUAAGCCGCUUUACUGGCCAGGGUUCCAGGGCCUGGUGUCGAACCCCAUGGCGUGGAGAGAGAGAUUGCAAUCGAGAAUAGCCUUCAAACUGAGCAAUGGCGCGCUCAGCGCAUGCGCAGCUCAAGCCGGUGGAAUGGACAAGGAUGGCAAGAAAAAGCACACGCGACCGACCUUCAGCGGACAACAGAUCUUCGCGCUGGAGAAGACCUUCGAACAGACCAAGUACCUGGCGGGGCCGGAGCGCGCCAAGCUGGCCUACGCGCUGGGCAUGACCGAGUCACAAGUUAAGGUUUGGUUCCAAAACAGAAGAACAAAGUGGCGAAAAAAGCACGCCGCCGAAAUGGCGACCGCGAAACGCAAACAAGAGGAGCUCGGCGAGGAGUGCGACGAGCAGGAGUCCCACGAGGCCGACCCGUGCAGCGACGACGACGACGCCAAGCGGCCGCGCCUCGACCUGCACCUGCACAUGCCGCACCACCGCCAAAUGUGCAAGGACUCCAACGACGUGCCGUUCGAUUUGUCGAACUGGCACGUCAGGGUGAACAGGUUCGACGACAUUCGUGAGACGAAGACGAGUGAGUCGGUGGACAGUGACGACAACCUUAAUCUUAACGUGAACGACAACGCCGAGGACAACAGUCAGCCGAUAAACUUUGCGUACUACCACUUUUAA